CCCUACAUGAGUGUCAGGUUUCCAAGGGCGUGUCAAGGAUCUAAGGAUCCGGGUUAAGCAUUAGUGUCACAGCUUUCGGUUCGGUUGUUUCAGGCAGAGGGAGCAGAAAUAUUCAGAUAUGGAAAAGUGAGGUACAGUUAAAUGAGAAAGAUGAAUGAAGAACUUCAAAGUUGUUUUCUAGUAUAGUCGUACAGGAUUUAAACCCGCCCCCCCAGAGUGAGGGCUGUCUCACCAAAGGGAUGACAGGUAGCAUUCCGUCGUCACCCGGGCAGAAAAGGGUCAUCCACUUUGUCAGUGGUGAGACCCUCGAGGAGGAGUCCAGUGAUGAAGAGGAGCUCUUCGACGAGCCAGUCAACACGGCUCAGCUGUCAUGGAGGGCAUAUUCCCGCUUGCUUUGGAGACAGUUUCGUAGGAAAUCCUUACGGACCUGUGAUUAUGUGGGGGGGAAACUGGCCAGUCUGGCUGGACUUAAUGAGGCCAAGUACCAGUAUGCAGCUGAUGAACAUGAGCGAUGGAAGGAAAAGCUAUCAAGACGUGAAAGUACUGCUGGAGGCUCAUCCAUCAUGAAUAAGGAGAAGACGCAUUUUUCUUCCCAGACCACCGCUUGCUAUGGGACAACAGGUUCUCCAGUUGAGCCCUGCCAUCUACACUCCGUGGUCAAUACAGAUCACAUUCUAGAAGGGUCUUGCAACAGAGGGUACCAGGAAGACAAACAGUAAACAUUGUCUUUCAGAAGCUAACAACAAGAGAACCUAUGGCCAAAUGACUAUGAUUUCUCCUCAGUGUGACAGAGUGCUCCGAUGGACUGGCAUUGUAUCCAGAAAAGUAUUUUUAGAAGAUGGAUGAAUGGAUGGUGUGUGUCCCAUACUUUGUAUUUAUAUGUCGAUGUAGAAAUAAUUUCCUCUUAAAAUGGCAUUACUUUGAUGAUAAACAUCUUGUGCUCAUUUAAUAAAUUAGCAGUCACUUGUAUAUAAUUAUGUUUUAUGUUUUUAGAUAUACCAAUGAGUUGUUACGCAGAAAUUUCUCAAAAAGUUGACUUUUUUUCUAAAUGCUGUUAAUAAAUAUAGCAAAAGUGCCCCGCGUUUCUUGCAAAUGUUAGUUUAACGAUUUUUUUUUUUAAUUUGUAGAAAUGUAAUUUCUGUGAACCCUUUAUUUUUUUUACUUUUACGUUAAUUCGGGUAAAUGUGUGAGCUAGGUACCUAAUUAAUUGGUUAUUUAAAGGCGUAUUUUCUUAAGCAGAAAAUAAAACAAAGCAAUUUUCAUACUAAAUCAGAAAAGCUACAACCAACCGACGAGGAUGGGAUUCGAACCCACGCGUGCAGAGCACAAUGGAUUAGCAGUCCAUCGCCUUAACCACUCGGCCACCUCGUCAUCUGAGCCCUAGUGUUCUACUUAGUCAUUAUAAAGAGCAUAGAUUCAUUUAAUAACGCUAAUAAUAUACAUACGUAUAUUUUGAAUUGAACUGCUUGUUACUGUUUUAAGUGAAGUUUAAAAUUCAAUACAAAAGGCUUUACGUUUGUGUGUAAUUUAUCUAAUCGCGUAUAUAGGAUGUUAUAUUUGUGGGCCACACCGUAACAGCAUCGGGAUUCACAGAUAUGAUAUCAGAGACGUGCUCUGCUAGUUAAAACAAAAUUUCUACAAAAUUAACCGAUAUUACCGACAUGUGAGAUUACAUGUAUUUGUAUAUAAUAUAGUUCAAAUAUGUAAUCUUUGUUACGAAACGGAUAGUACGGGGCGUUUGACACACAAAUGUUCUCUCUGCGCGAAUAAACGUGUAAAUAAGGGAUAGCUCUUCUAAAUUACGUAUAAUAAUAAUAUCAGUUUGAUCGGAGUUCUAGACCCAUUGGUGAGUUGAUACGUACUGCGCAAGAUUUCCCAGUUUAUUCGAGUCCUUUCACCCAUGUCGGUAGGUGGCAGUAAGGCGACGAAAGAAAAGUGCUUCCUGCAUAUAUACGCCUCAAUUGACAUACCACAAUCAAGAGAAUCUUAUGUAAGGCGAAACAUAGUUCUUCUAAACUUUUUACUGAGCCAUACUUUCACGUUUCAUUUUAUUCAUUUUUUAAUAUCACUUUUAAUUCAAGUUGUGCUUUAAUAUAUGUUUUUUUUAUGUACUUUCUUUUAAUGUAUGCUCUUUUGAACUAUGUAAAACAUGGAAUGACCUUGUGUAUGAAAUUGUGUUAUACAAAUAAACUUGCCAUUGUUACAGACGAGCAUGAUGAACAGAUGACAUUGUGGCUUAGAAUAACUGAAUGUUAUUGAACUAAAAAACAAAAAUAC